AUGCAUCUGGAAAACAUUGAGGAGAGAGAGAGAGUAAAGGAAAGAGGCAGGGAAAGACAAAGGCAGAAAGCUGUGAGAGGAAAGGCUUUUAAAUUUCAUCAAAGCCGUUACGACUGAAAUUAUGUUUAAGUUCCAAUUCUGUAGAAAAACAAGAUAACUUAUAAAACCAGACAGGCUUAGUUUAUCCAGAAGGCAGAAAAGGAGAAACAGGAAAAGCUGACUGAGGCGUCUGGCCGGUUCAGAGAGAGACUCUGGGACCUUUGACAAGCUAACAAAGGUAGUUUGGCUUUAAGAAGAGAGUGACGAGAAACAAAAGAAGUAAAAGUCAACUUCAGGAUGUCUGCGUCUCAGAGGUGCUUUUGCUGCGUCAAAUACUUGAUGUUUGUCUUCAAUCUUGUCUUCUGGCUGGGAGGAUGUGGCUUGUUCGGCGUCGGGGUCUGGCUGUCCUUCACACAGGCAGAGUUUUACUAUCUUUCGUCGUCCUUUCCUUCGCUCUCAGCCGCCAAUCUGCUGCUGGUUGCCGGUGGCAUCACUAUGGUGACAGGAUUUCUGGGUUGCCUUGGAGCUCUGAAGGAGCAGCGCUGUCUUUUGUGCACCUUCUUUGUAAUCCUGUUGAUUCUGGUCCUAACAGAGGUCACCAUGGUGCUGGUUUUAUACUAUCUACACGACCAGGUGGAGUUAUAUGCCAAGUCUAAUCUAAAGGAUGGGAUGAAGAAAUACGCCUCAGAUCCUGAACUGCAAAAUUCAUGGGACAAUGUGCAGAAAACAUUUAAAUGCUGUGGGGUGAACAACAGAACAGACUGGUAUGAUGUGCUGAACAACGACCUGCCCUCAUCCUGCUACCUUGGCUUAACGAAAGAGACAGGGAAAGAAUGGAAUAAGGGGUGCUACGAAACAGCUAAAAACUGGCUGAGCAACAACAUCAGCUCCAUGCUGGUGUUCGGCGUGUGCAUCGGUGUCAUACAGAUUCUGGCCCUGGUGUUCUCCAUGCAGAUGUACUGUCAAAUUCUUCAUGCUGAGAAGAACAUGGACUGACAGCGGGUUACCGGCUAACAUGCACCAGAGUCUUAAACGCUGAGGGGGAAACCUGCAGCCACUAUACAGGGUUCCAUGAAAUGAGAACAGUUUAAAUGUAAAAAUGUCGUUAAAAUGCUCUGAAGUGACUGAUGA